AUGUUGAAAACAUGGCGGCGCCCUCAUCUGAAGUGCAAGUUGCUGCUACCAAAAGAGCAACCGCAGCUCGUGGGCCGAGGCGAGUGGCAAAUCAGAUUCCAGAUGAUAUCCUGACGGACCCAGAGUUACAGGAGGCGAUUCGAGCCCUUCCAGCCAACUACAACUUUGAAAUCCACAAGACAGUUUGGCGAGUGCGUCAAGCAAAGGCAAAGAGAGUGGCUUUGCAGUUGCCUGAGGGUCUUCAGAUGUUCGCCUGUGUGAUUGCAGACAUCAUUGAAAGGUUUACGGAAGCGGACACACUGGUGAUGGGGGACGUGACGUAUGGAGCGUGUUGUGUGGACGACUACACCGCCAGAGCCUUGGGGGCUGACUUCAUGGUGCACUAUGGACACAGCUGUCUCAUCCCCAUCGACUCCACAGCGGGCAUCAAGAUGCUGUACGUGUUUGUGGACAUCCAGGUGGACACGUCUCACUUCCUGGACACGCUGCGCUUCAACUUCCCCCCGGGCCAAUCGCUGGCCCUGGUCAGCACCAUCCAGUUUGUGGCCGCCCUGCAGGCGGCGAGUGCGGCUCUGAGGCCGGACUACGAGGUGGUGGUGCCCCAGUGUCGGCCCCUGUCCCCGGGGGAGAUCCUGGGAUGCACUUCCCCGCGCCUGGAGCGCUCCGUCAAUGCCAUCGUAUAUCUUGGAGAUGGGAGGUUUCACCUGGAAUCCAUAAUGAUUGCCAACCCAGACAUACCAGCCUACAGGUAUGACCCCUACAGCAAAGUCUUCUCAAGGGAAUACUACGACCAUGAGGCCAUGAGAGAAGCCAGGCUCCAGGCCAUCGACAAGGCCCGCUCGGCCCAGAGAUGGGGCCUCAUCCUGGGCACCCUCGGCCGGCAGGGCAACCCCAAAAUCCUGGAGCACCUGGAGGCCAAACUGGAGGCCCAAGGCAAGUCCUUCACCCGGGUGCUGCUCUCCGAGAUCUUCCCCAGCAAGCUGGAGCUGAUGGCGGACGUAGAUGCGUGGGUCCAGAUUGCCUGUCCUCGCCUCUCCAUUGAUUGGGGCACAGCCUUCUCCAAGCCCCUGCUGUCUCCUUAUGAGGCUGCGGUGUCGCUUCAGCAGGUCGGCUGGCAAGAGGUCUACCCCAUGGACUUCUACUCCAAUCAGAGCCUGGGCCCCUGGGCCCCCAACCACCCCGACAACCAGCCGGCGAGGGCCCCGCGACGCCAGACACAGAAGAGCAGCCAGGAUCAGUCCCAGGCUCCCAAGCCCAAGGCCUGUGCACAGACCCAGGGCGCCCCCUGUGGCUGCCAAGAGGAAUAACCAGCAACAGCAAAAAAAAAAAAAAACUGCUCUGUUAUCUCUUCUCACACCGGCAGCCAACCACGGCUUUAUCUCCCCCACCCAUCUUGCAGGAGACAAGGUCCAUCCAAUCAGAGGCGUGGAGCCAGCUCUCCUGGGCCUAUAACAGGGGAAGGCUGCGGCUAUGGACCCGCCUCGGACAAUCUCUCACUCCAUCUGUCACUGGAGAGAAAUCAUCAUCAUCAACAUCAUCAUCAUCAUCACCAGCAUCAGCAUCAGCAUCAGCAUCUUCACAAGGCACCACAAAACAACCUAUAUACAGUACAUCACACAUGGAAGUGAUGCCCCUGUAUGAUACAAGGAGAAUGCCAUAGUGAAGAUUAUUUUACCCUAAUACUGCUCGACAAUAACCUGUUAUAUUUUUUUCCGCUGUGAUUCAGAACUCUUGUUCAUGUUUUAUAAAACGUAUAUGUGUCAGCCCACUUCAAAACUGGCCCCCCUUGUAGACAUUCAUCACAGCUGCUGAAAGCUUGAAUAGACUCUCGACCUCGAGUCUUGUAUAAGACACUUUGACAUGAAAUGGGAGCUGGUAUAUGACAUGUCUCUCUCAUACGAAGGCUACCAUGAGUCAGACACUCUGCUCUACCCUGACACACACACACACACACACACAUACACACUAGUAGUGUCAACAAUGAUCGAUUCGGCGAUCCGAAUCGAUCCGGGGCAUGGACGAUCCAGAUCCAGAUCCGGCAAGUUCCAGAAUCAAUCCGGCAAUUUUUUUAAGUUUCAAUUACUUCCAUGGAUAUUUCGGGAGCAAAUGAAUGUUAAAUUAAAUAAAAACACUUCAAAACAUUGCAAGACUGAUACAGACUGAUACAGAAAACAGCCAAUAAAUUGUUGCUCAGUAUCUGACUACUUGUAUUUCCUCAUCAUGGCUGAACAUUUGCUUUUCAGUAGAAAUGUAAUGCAUUGCAAAACAUUGUAGAAUCGGAUCGGAUCGGAAUCGGAUUGGAUCUAAUAGAAUCGAAUCGAAUCGGAUCUACUACCUCCCGAAUCGUGAUCGAAUCGGAUCGUGAGGGCAGUGCCGAUCCACACCACUAAUACACAUACACAUACACAUACACAUACACAUACACAUACACAUACACAUACACAUACACAUACACAUACACACACACAGCAACCACCAAUCCACCAACCAUGCUCAUACAUGAUUGGACAUCAAAAAAACUGUUUGUAUGUGCCUGUGUGUGCAAUUUUUUUCUCUCAUUCUCCACCACCUCAUCACCCCCUGGUAAUGAGUGAAUCUCUCUCUCUCUCUCCUCUCUCUCUCUCUCUCUCUCUCUCUCUCUCUCUCUCUCUCUCUCCCUCUCCCCCGUCAGCUUUCUGGCUGUCUUAUGUGUGCUUUCCUUUCCUCUGGUACAGACUACUCGCGCCCCGGACGGGAGAUUCGCAGCCAAGCUUAUUAGACGAGAUGAGAUGAGAUGUCUGUUGAAUUGCGAUGCGGGGCUGCACACUGCCCUUGGGGCUGCUGUUGAACCUCAAAGCGCUGCGCCAUGCGCAUUAAUGAUGCAUUGCUUAUUCAAUCAAUUAAACAUUU